UCAUAUGCCUACGGCGUCUGGGUUGGGGUGGCCGCCGCCGUCUGUGCCGCCGCCGCCGGCCCGCCGCCUGCGCCUGCGCCGCCAUCUGCGCUCCCCAGGCGGCCGCCGCUGCCGGGGCGUGAUCACGCCGUAGGAGGGGGGCAGCUGCAUAGCCGCCGACGUCAUCGGCGUCAGCGCCCCCGCCGCCGCCUGGCCAGCAGCAACGGGGUCUUCAUCAACGACCCCAAGGGCCUCUUUAUCCUCCGAGACUCAGUGCGGCAGACAAGAAGAU